GGGUGAGAAGUGUGGGGGGUGAUUCUGGUUCUACUUAAAAGUUCGACUGGUCCAUGUGCUAGCAUCUGCCUAUUUGCACCUCAACGUUAUCACUUUAAAGGUGCUUUUUCUUUCACACACAUUUUCAUUUUCCUUAUUUUGGCUUCAGUGAAUGCCUACUUCCCGACAUGUUACUCACGAUUAAACAGCCAGUCCACCACGGCUAUAAGUCUUUUCAUGACUAUUCCCCACCAACACCACCAUCUAGCUCUCGUUUCCCCCCGGCGGUGACAACUACUAGCUCUUCAGUCUCUUUACCAACACCAUCACAAUCUCUUCCUUCUUUAGCACUUACAAAAUCAAUAAACAUGUCCACUCCUCAUCGUGGAUUACCCCCCAUGACAUUACCACAACCACCACAACCCCCGCAGCAAGUAGUCCAGGCAUUGAAUCAGCCAACGGGCUCUUUACAGUUACCAGCUCCACCUCAACAAUGGCAAGGCGCUGAAGAGUCUAUGAGAAAUUGGCUUCAAGCAAAGGCCGAAGAGGAUAAACGGAAGCAAGAGGAAGAGAAAACGAGGCAAGAAUCACUGAGGCUGGAGCAAAGAAAAAUCGAGCAGGACAUGCUACGAACGUCCCUGACGGGAGGAAUUCCCCCGUAUAUGAUUCCCAUGGUAUUUGCUGGAAUGGGGGGUGGAAAUUUACCUAACGCUAGCUUAGAAUGGGCCCAACACUACAUGGCUCAAGCACAUCAACUGCAACAGCAUCAAGUCCAACAGCAAUUAGUGCCUGGACAAAGUCAGCAUACUUCACCAGAACAACUACAGCGUGGAGACUCUCGUCCGGUAUUUGGAAGUCAGCAUCCAGUUCCUGUCACUUUACCCUCAACACCUAUAGGACCUACGGGCCCAGGAUUUCUUCCCAAUUAUCAAAUGUCCCCAGCCUCAAGAUCUAGACAGACUGCAGGAUCCCUAGCUAGAGCAACAGCAAAUUCUCAGCUUCCAAGAUUAAAUACAGGAGAAAUGCUCAUCCAGCCACCUCCAGCAGCUUCUAAUAUGCAAAUAUUACCAGGGCAAUCUGGCCAUCCAUUAGCACAAUCGCAAAGCGCCCAGCAGCAACAAGAGCCUCAAUCUUCGCCUUCAAUUUACUUUCAUCAUUGGCAACCACCCACAUCACAAGCAGGUACGAGCAGCACCCAUCAGCCUCCGACACCCUCAGAUCAUGUUUCUUCACCGAAGAAACGAAAAGCGACAGGGCCGCAACAACCAGCCCCGCAUCCAACAUCAUUGCCACAAUAUACUUCCCCUUCGUUCUCGCAGACAGGAUCUUCCGUAUCGGGUACGCCAUCAAGCAGACGCCGUGGGCAUUCAAGGAACCGAAGUGACGUUUCAGCGCGUGGAGCUGAUUCAUACGGCCGCCCUUCGAGUCGUCAUAGACACACCGAAAGUGGUUUCAGUACUCAAAGCCUAACUUCACCAGUUCACUCACAGAGCCAAGAGCAAGCCUCGAGGCCCGCAGAGCCACGCAGGCAUUCUGGCGGCUCAAAUACUGUGUCAUCUUUGCUCGAACAAAGCGAUUCCAGGCCGCGCGCGCACUCUCAAACCCAAAGCCAACAAAGCCAGUCUCAGCGAGACCGAGAACGUCAUUACUCUGGAAUAUCGGAGAUUGGACGCGAAGAAAGGACCACAGAGGGGGACGAGGCACGACGUUCUGGUAAGCGAAACGAUGGAAGAAAUUAAACACGUUUCAGAGACCUGCCGAUCAUUUACUUAGACGGAAAUACUAUUCGCCAACGAAUUUCUCCAAAGCCACAAGACAACCGAUUUUACAACUUUUUUCUAUUCUUCCAUCAUCGAAUAUGCUUUGUCCAUAUACAGAUGUUCAUUUUUCUCUUCUAUUCUUCCCUUCGAUAUUGAUUGUUUAGAAGAUACCCAUUACUUUGCGCGCCUUUUAACUUUGACUUUGACUUUACAUUUUACCUUCUGCGCGUCGAACUCUUUUCUAGAGCAUUUGUUUUUAUACUUUCUGUAUAUCAGUUUUAUUGCCUGUUGACAGGGAAUUCAAUUCUUGUAUCACUGAUCCCUUUUGUCUUCUUUUUUACCUUUAAACUUUUUGUUGGGUGCCUCAGCAGCGCCAUUUCUAUUCAAUCUCGGCACUGGAAUUCACAGGGCUGGUUCAACAUUGCAUGUACAUACUUAUUUCGAUUCUUAAUCUUGUGGUGGAUGUAUAUCCCAAUUCGGGCAGGUAUAUAUAAGGUUUAGGUCUCGAGGCGGGAGAUUGAGAUGUGUGGGAAAUCAAUCAUAGGUAGUCAGGUACCAAAGAAGGACCUACGGGGUUGGCCUGCACAUUGUGUCAUUUCUUUUGACAUAUGCAAAUCACCCCAGAUGAGAAAUCAAAUUCAAAUAAGCAAUUUCUCAAGAAUCCUUCGUUCCAACUUCCACGCCCAAUUCAAAGUGUUCAGGCGACAAGAAUCGUGCCA